AGGCGGCAAUUUGGAGCUUUCGGACGCAUCCAGUGUGUUUCGAGUCUGAUGUCUUCAGCUACGUGUAAAUGCUUCGGUGUUCACUGAAAUAAUUAAUCCUUCUUCGAUUAUUUUAUUGGUUUGUCAACAGAAGACAGGAUUUUUAAUACGCUAACCGUUAGCAGUGAGAUGAAGUUAAAAAUCUGACCCGGACUCACUGUUGUCUCUGGAGCAGGGAUUCAUUGUCCGUACAGCGUCAUAAACAUCUCCUGACUCAUACAGUUGUGUACUUUGAGUUCUUACAUUUAUCUACUAACGUUAGAGGAGAGCAGGGGUACAAAUUAAGGCUCUGGGUGAUUCCCCUCCAUUUUCCAGCCCUUGACUACCACAGAAGCCACACUUGCAUUUGAAAGUGAAAGUGAUUGAGACCUUCAGUGAAGCUCCUCUUACAACAAUCCACCAAUAAAUGCUGGAGUCAAACACACAGAGAAAUCACUCCAUGUGUGACAACUGAAAUCUUCAUGACAUAAUGUUGAUGCUGGUGAAAGAGGAGCUUGAGAAGAUGACAGAUCCACAACCAUGCAGAAUAAAGGAUGAAGAUACUGAGGAACAAAUAGAUAUGAUGGAAGUGAAAGAGGAGAGUCAAGCUGAAGGGGAUGAGAAACAUCAGAUUGUAAAAAUAAACCAUAAUGUUUCACAGAAAGAAACUCUGAAGACAGAAGACAUAAAGUGUGAAAAUAGUUUCAGUGAAGAUGAACGACCUGCAGAUCACAAGAGGACUCACAGUGAGAAGAAACCUUUAACAUGUCAACAGUGUGGAAAGAGUUUCAGAAGAAAAGAUAACCUUAAAGCACACAUGAUGAUUCACACUGGAGAGAAACUUUACACGUGUCAACUAUGUGAAAAGAGUUUCACCUUUCAAACGAACCUUAACCGCCACAUGAAAACUCACAGUGGGGAAAAGCCACACGCAUGCCAUCACUGUGACAAGAGUUUCAUAGAUAAAAGUCAACUUAAGAAACACAUAAGAGUUCACACUGGAGAGAAACCUUUCACGUGUCAACAGUGUGGAAAGAGUUUCAGAGUUGAAUGUAGCCUUAAGAUACACGCAAGAAUUCACACUGGAGAAAAACCGUUCACUUGUCAUCAGUGUGGAAAGAGUUUUACAGCUGCAGGUGAACUUAAGAAACAUUUGAGAAUACACACUGGAGAGAAACCAUACGUGUGUCAACAUUGUGGAAAGAGAUUCAGGGCAAAAUCUAACCUUGAUGUACAUUUGAGCACUCACACUGAAGAGAAACCGUUCACAUGCCAUGAGUGUAAAAAGAGUUACAAAGCAAAAGCUACACUUAACAAACACAUGAGAAUCCACACUCGAUAGAAACCAUUCAUGUGUCAACAGUGUGGAUAUGGCAACAAAGUUUAGAAAUCAGCUGAGGUCUUAUUAAUAAAACUGUCUGGAGGAUCCUUACUAAAAGUCUACAUGCGCACAAAAGCCAAAAAUGGCGUACGGCAAAAAAGAUUCAGGCCGUUUCUCAAUCUGUGUUCUUGUAAAACGUCAUCAGUCGUGCCCCAAGUACUGUUCCAAUUCCAACUUCACAUCAAGUCAAGUUCAUUUAACAUCCCAAGAUGUGUUCUUGAUCCGUUCUUUUUCUUAAGGAUGCAUCAGAAGGUGACUUGUGUGGACUUAUGACAGCCAAGUUUCCCAGAAUGCAUUUCACGUCAACGGCAGUGGAGCUUAAAAUAAUAAUAAUAAUUUGUUACAUUUAUAUAGUGCUUUCCUCAGUACUCAAAGCGCUUUACAUAUGAAUGGGGGAAUCUCCUCAACUACCACCAAUGUGCAGCAUCCACCUGGAUGAUGCGACGGCAGCCAUAUUGCGCCAGAACGCCCACCACACACCAGCUUAUUAGUGGAAAGGAGACAGAGUGAUAUAGCCAAUUAGUAUGAGGGAUGAUUAGUAGGCCAAUGGGCAAGUUUGGCCAGGAUGCCGGGGCACACCCCUACUCUUUUUCGAAGGACAUCCUGGGAUUUUUAAUGACCACAGAGAGUCAGGACCUCAGUUUAACGUCUCAUCCGAAGGACGGUGCUUUUUUUGACAGUAUAGUGUCCCCGUCAUUAUACUGCGGUGUUAGGACCCACACAGACCACAGGUUUACACCCACAAGUAAAAGUGAUUGAGAUCUUCAGUGAAGCUCCUCCUACAACAAUCCACCAAUAAAUGCUGGAGUCAAACACACAGAGAAAUCACUCCAUGUGUGACAACUGAAAUCUUCAUGACAUAAUGUUGAUGCUGGUGAAAGAGGAGCUUGAGAAGAUGACAGAUCCACAACCAUGCAGAAUAAAGGAUGAAGAUACUGAGGAACAAAUAGAUAUGAUGAAAGUGAAAAAGGAGAGUCAAGCUGAAGUGGAUGAGAAACAUCAGAUUGUAAAAAUAAACCAUAAUGUUUCACAGAAAGAAACUCUGAAGACAGAAAUAAAGUGUGAAAAUAGUUUCAGUGAAGAUGAACGCCCUGCAGAUCACAAGAGGACUCGCAGUGAGGAGAAACCUUUCACAUGUCAACAGUGUGGAAAGAGUUUCAGAGAUAAAAGUAAACUUGAGACUCAUGUGAGAAGUCACAUUAAAGAAAAACCACACGCGUGCCAUGAGUGUGAAAGGAGUUUUAUAUCUGCAACUUACCUUAAGAUACACAUGAGGUCUCACACUGGAGAGAAACCUUAUGUAUGUCAACAGUGUGGAAAGAGUUUCAGAACAAAAUGGUACCUUAACGAACAUGUGAGAAUUCACACUGGAGAGAAACCACAUCUGUGUCAUCACUGUGGAAAGAGUUUUACAACUGCAAGUGAACUUAAGAAACAUUCAAGAGUUCACACCGGAGAGAAACCGCACAUGUGCCAUCACUGUGAAAAGAGUUUUACAACUAAAGGUAAUCUUAAGACACACAUGACACUUCACACUGGAGAAAAACUGUUCACAUGUCAUCUGUGUGGAAAGAGUUUUAGAACGAAACGUGACCUUAAUAGACAUGUGAGAAUUCACACUGGAGAGAACACAUUCAUUUGUCAUCACUGUGGAAAGGGUUUUACGAUGAAAUGUGACCUUAAUAGACACGUGAUAAUUCACACUGGAGAGAAACCAUACUUGUGUCAACACUGUGGAAAGAGUUUCAGAACAAAACCUAACCUUAACCUACACAUGAGGAUUCACACCGGACAGAAACCACACGUGUGCCAUCACUGUGAAAAGAGUUUUGCAACUAAAGGUAAUCUUAAGACACACAUGACACUUCACACUGGAGAAAAACCGUUCACAUGUCAUUUGUGUGGAAAGAGUUUUACAAUGAAAUAUGACCUUAAUAGACACGUGAGAAUUCACACUGGAGAGAAACCAUACGUGUGUCAACCCUGUGGAAAGAGUUUCAGGACAAAAUCUAACCUUGAUGUACAUUUGAGAACUCACACUGAAGAGAAACCCUUCACAUGCCAUGAGUGUAAAAAGAGUUACAAAACAAAAGCUACACUUAACAAACACAUGAGAAUCCACACUCGAUAGAAACCAUUCAUGUCUCAACAGUGUGGAUAUGGCAACAGAGUUUAUAAAGAUCUUGUUAAUAAAACUGUCUGGAGGAUCUUUACUAAAAGUCUACAUGCGCCCAAAAGCCCAAGAUGUCUGUACUUGUGUUCUUGUGGACUUGUGAAACGUCAUCAGUCGUGGCCCAAGAUUUGACAAAAAUGCUGCAUUUCUUUUACAGUGAUAUAUUAUGCAACAUAUUAUGGACAAAAAUGUGUGGGAUAUUUUUUGUAACAAUAUAAUAUUUU